CAUUGUGUGCGUGCAAUCGCGACUGAAAUUCCACCUGACCAUCAAAAACGUUCCGUUUGUGCGUUUUGUUUUUGCAUCGUAUCUUGCGAAUGAUCGCGCACGUUGUUGGAAUUAAUUUUUAUUUAUAGAGAUAUGAUUGUAUAGUUUCGCGACGAGGACAGGCUGGUUCACUCGCGACUGUUUAACGGAAGAAAAAUGAAAGACUGUUCGUACUAACAAAGUUGUUGUUUACUCUAUCACUCAAGAAAGUCAAAACUAUACGGCGUCAAAUAUGGGAUGCUGCUACAGUUUUUGCAAAGAGGAUACCGGACCUCAGAGCGGAGAAGUAAAUGAAAGAACACACUUGCUAGUAGAUCCAGUCAGUAAUAAUACAAAUAUAUCUAGAGUACACAGCGAUGAUUAUGUUAACCAAUAUGCAAGCUCCGUGCCUAAGAAGACAGAUGAACAAAGUGCAUUAAAUAGAAUACUGCACGAAACUGCAGCCAAUGUAAUAGAUGUAGGCGCAUUAGACAUACAUAAUCUAGAACAACACGAAUACAUGGACAGAUCACGCGCAUACUCAAAGCGAAUAGAAUCUGGCAGAAUAAAACUUCCAGAAAAUACGGUUUGCUUGCUUAAAGAUAUACCUGCUCCGGAACGAAUAUUAGCAGCUGAUCCACUAUCUGCCAGAGAUGAAGAACUGAUUACAGAAAUGCUCAACAAGGCUGUGACAGCACUAAGCGAUGUAAAAGUUGAACACAAAGAGGAUUUGGUUGUGCCAUUUCUAUCGUGAUCUUUAAGUGUUUCAAACUAAGUUAUAAUCUCAUCCUUACUCGACUGGCUAUCGUGCAGAGAAUCGUGUUAUAAAACUAUACAUCAGAAAUAAAUCGACCUAAUAAGUCCAAAAGUCUAGAUUACACCUAAAAGCAAAAGAUUGAGGAUUUUGUGUAAAAUAAUGUAUCGGAUAGAAUGUUGUAUUAUUAUUGGUCACUUAAAUAUUGACACUGGCUUCAUAAUUAUGAAAUAGAUAUAUACAUAUAUGUAUACUCAGAUUUCUCUUUUACUUACAAAAAUUUAGUGUUAAGAUAGGUGCUAUAGAUUUUUUGCAUCUUUUAUCUGUGUGUGUGUGUGUGCGUGUGUGGAUGUGAAAACUUUCAUAUAUACAAGAUAAAAUUAUUAAUAUAAGAAGUACUAUUUUUUAUGUAAAGGAUUUAUUUGUUAUUGUAAUGUUCUAAUGAUAUAUACAAGAUGUUGCACAAAAUAAAUUGUAUUACCGAGAAGAGAGAUUUUAUAUGCACAAAUCAAAAUUGGUAGUGUGUAACAGUAAUUACGAUGAAUUGCCUGUUAUUGUCAAGAAAAUUAAUUUAAAAAAUUUGUUAAAUUUGCACUUGGUUGAUGUAGAUAUUUUAAUUUGACCGUAAAGUUCAAGCGAUUGUCCCUACUUAUAAUUUACAAACUCUGACGUCCUUUGCUCUCUGUCAAAUUUUCGGUGAAAAUUUAGUUACAUGUACAUACAAGUAAAUCUAAGAAAUUGCCAAAAUCGCUUUAUUUUCACGGAAAACAAACUAUCAACACAAAAAUAUUCCGUUCUUAAAUUUUAUAUUUGCAUAUAAAAUUAUCUUCUUAACUGUACUAUUUAUUGUAAGAUGUUUUGUAUUCAUUGAGAGAAAGAGAGAGAGAGAGAGGGAAAGAAUGAAAGAAUACUUUUUUAAAUGCUAUUUUAUCCCGUUGUGUUACUUUAAUCAAUUAUUUUAGUCAAAUUUUCUGUAAAAAAAAUAUGUAAAAUUUUGUUAUUAUCAUAUAAGAUGUAUAAUAUAGAGAGCACAGAGUUAUUGUUCAACUUUCAUAAAUAAAAUAUGUGAAAGUUGAGAAAAAAAACCAAUUUGAGUGUAAAAUAAUGAGUAAGGAUCAACA